GAGGAGGAGGAGGAGGAGGAGGGAGAAGGGAACAACCUACCAUCUUAAUACACUAAUAUCUAAAAAGUGCGAGAGGCCCAGAGCAGCAGCAGAAGCAGCAGCAGCAGCUCCAGCUUCUUCCCUCCCUCCCCAUGAAGAAGAGUUCCCUCCUCCUCCUCCUCCUGCUUCUCCUGCUCAGAGUUCCUGCCUCCAGCUGCCAGGGGGGACAGCCAGCCAGCAGCAGGAGGGGGGCUAGAGAACUGAAGAAGAGCCAGUUUUCCCCAAAUUGGACUUCUCAGAACCUUUAAUAUGCUAAUGUGCAUUGUGAAUCUCCAAGAGGGGGAUAUGAUAUGCAGCAUUCUUGAAUACUUCUAAUGACAGGGAGCCCACUACCUCAUAAGCUGCAGUGAGAAAAGGAGUUUGUUAUCAUAAACGGAGGCUGAAGAAACUAUAGAACUAGCAGACGGAGAAAGUGGAGAAGGUAGAGGAUGGAGUUGCAGACUCUACAGGAGGCUCUUAAAGUGGAAAUUCAGGUUCACCAGAAACUGGUUGCUCAAAUGAAGCAGGAUCCACAGAAUGCUGACUUAAAGAAACAGCUUCAUGAACUCCAAGCCAAAAUCACAGCUUUGAGUGAGAAACAGAAAAGGGUAGUUGAACAGCUACGGAAGAACCUGAUAGUAAAGCAAGAACAACCAGACAAGUUCCAAAUACAGCCAUUGCCACAAUCUGAAAACAAACUACAAACAGCACAGCAGCAACCACUACAGCAGCUACAACAGCAGCAGCAGUACCACCACCACCACACCCAGCAGUCGGCUGUACCCUCUCCCAACCUGACCGCUUCACAGACUGUAACUACAGCUUCUAUGAUUACCACAAAGACACUACCUCUCGUCUUGAAAGCAGCAACUGCGACCAUGCCUGCCUCUGUUGUGGGCCAGAGACCUACCAUUGCUAUGGUGACCGCCAUCAACAGUCAGAAGGCUGUGCUCAGCACUGAUGUGCAGAGCACACCAGUCAACCUGCAGACGUCUAGUAAGGUCACUGGGCCUGGGGCAGAGGCUGUCCAAAUUGUGGCAAAAAACACAGUCACUCUGCAGGUUCAAGCAACACCUCCUCAGCCCAUCAAAGUACCACAGUUUAUCCCCCCUCCUAGACUCACUCCACGUCCAAACUUUCUUCCACAGGUUCGACCUAAGCCUGUGGCCCAGAAUAACAUUCCUAUUGCCCCAGCACCUCCUCCCAUGCUUGCAGCUCCUCAGCUUAUCCAGAGGCCCGUCAUGCUGACCAAGUUCACCCCCACAACCCUUCCCACAUCCCAGAAUUCCAUUCACCCCGUUCGUGUCGUCAAUGGGCAGACCGCAACCAUAGCCAAAACGUUCCCCAUGGCCCAGCUCACCAGCAUUGUGAUAGCUACUCCAGGGACCAGACUCGCUGGACCUCAAACUGUACAGCUUAGCAAGCCAAGCCUUGAAAAACAGACAGUUAAAUCUCACACAGAAACAGAGGAGAAACAAACAGAGAGCCGUACCAUCACCCCACCUGCUGCACCCAAACCAAAACGGGAAGAGAACCCUCAGAAACUUGCCUUCAUGGUGUCUCUAGGGUUGGUAACACAUGACCAUUUAGAAGAAAUCCAAAGCAAGAGGCAAGAGCGAAAAAGAAGAACAACAGCAAAUCCAGUCUAUAGUGGAGCAGUCUUUGAGCCAGAGCGUAAGAAGAGUGCAGUCACAUACCUGAACAGCACAAUGCACCCCGGGACCCGGAAGAGAGGUCGUCCUCCAAAAUACAAUGCAGUGCUGGGGUUUGGAGCCCUUACCCCAACAUCCCCCCCAUCCAGUCAUCCCGACUCCCCUGAAAAUGAAAAGACAGAGACCACAUUCACUUUCCCUGCACCUGUUCAGCCUGUGUCCCUGCCCAGCCCCACCUCCACAGACGGUGAUAUCCAUGAGGAUUUUUGCAGUGUUUGCAGAAAAAGCGGCCAGUUGCUGAUGUGUGACACGUGUUCCCGUGUGUAUCAUCUGGACUGCUUAGACCCUCCUCUGAAGGCCAUUCCCAAGGGCAUGUGGAUCUGUCCCAGAUGUCAGGACCAGAUGCUGAAGAAGGAAGAGGCGAUUCCAUGGCCUGGGACUUUAGCAAUCGUCCACUCCUACAUUGCGUACAAAGCAGCAAAAGAAGAAGAGAAACAGAAGUUACUUAAAUGGAGUUCAGAUUUAAAACAAGAACGAGAACAACUAGAGCAAAAGGUGAAACAGCUCAGCAAUUCUAUAAGUAAAUGCAUGGAAAUGAAGAACACCAUACUGGCCCGGCAGAAGGAGAUGCACAGCUCCCUGGAGAAGGUAAAACAGCUGAUUCGCCUCAUCCACGGAAUUGACCUCUCCAAACCUGUAGACUCUGAGGCCACUGUGGGGGCCAUCUCCAAUGGCCCGGACUGCACCCCCCCUGCCAACGCCACCACCUCCACACCGGCCCCUUCCCCCUCCUCCCAGAGCUGUACAGCGAACUGUAACCAGGGGGAAGAGACUAAAUAACAGAGCCCCUCUAGGAGAAGCCACGGGAUCCCGGCGGCAAGGAGAGCAAAACGCUGAAGACUCUAGAAAAGCAAAGCCGGAUUUCUUCUGGAAAGUACAGAAUUCUUUUGGUUCUUUGGUUCCAGAGAGAGAGAAGAUGCUUGUGCCAGGUGGCACCAGAGUUUGCCAAUUGAUCCUUCUUAUUCUGUGUGUACAUGCAAAGAUUGGACCAUGUUACAUGAAAUAGUGCCAGCUGGAGGUUCUUUGCCAGCACCAUGCCAAGUGAAAUAAUAUAUUUACUCUCUCUAUUAUACACCAGUGUGUGCCUGCAGCAGCCUCCACAGCCACGAUGGGUUUGCUUUUGUUUCCUUGGGCGGGGAGCAGGGACGGGCGGAGGGAGGAGAGCAGGUUUCAGACCCUUAUUUGCUGAGCCGUUUGCUUAGGUAGAAAAGAUGAGUCCAAAGAGUGUGUGGGCUUUCCUGUUCCUAAACUUUCACUACUAUAAAACCAAAAAAGGAAAUUGAGAUUGAACCAAUCCCAGUGCCCAGAAGAGGGAAGAGGAGUGGCUGGGAGGGAACCAGGGGUGGGAAAGUGGAGCAACCAAGCAGUAUUUAGUAUUGUCUGAGGGGGCUGGCACAGGGAGGUGGACACCUAGAACACCCCACAGGGUCUCCUCCCCACAUGCCCCACUCACCACGCGGGGAUCCCCACCACUCCUGAAGCCUUGCGACUCCCCUUCCCUCCCCGCUUGGUGAUUGCAGCCCUUUGGUGAUCCGUUGUCUCCUCUCCAAGAACAAGCAGAGCUGGGGUGCCCCGUGCCUGAGGCAGGGAAGAAAGGUGUGUGUGUCCAGGAAGGGAAAAAGGUGGAUCAGUGAUUUUACUUGAAAACAAGCUCCAUCCCUUUUCUAUAUUUAUAAGAAGAAAAGAUCUGAGCGAAGCAGCACGCGACCCAGGUGUGUGUGAAUUGAAUGGAGAUGUUUCUUUCCUCUUUUAUUUUUGUUUUUCUUCUUUUUUUUUUUAAAGAAAGUUUUAUUUUAUUGUUUAUUUUACUUUCUUGGUAACAAAAAACUAAAAUAAGGAAUAGAAAAGCUGUUUUUCAGGCUGACAGUCCAAUUAAGGGUAGUCGAGACCUUGCAUGGUAGAAUAGGAAUCAUAGUGUCAGUGAGGUCCAGUGAGUCUUUGUGAGUCCUUGUGUCAUCGUUCGGGCACUGUUUUUUUAUGCAAGGGCAAAAAUCUUUGUAUCUGGGGAAAAAACAACAACAACUUUUUUUUAAAUUAAAAAGGAAAAUAAACGAUAUUGAGGUCUUCCUAGUGUUACUUAAAAUUAAGAUCAAGGUAAGAAACAUUGUAAAAAAAAUUACAAAAGUGCUAUUUGUUUCCUAAAAACAGUGAUUUCUAUUAAAAAGGUGUCAGAACUGGA